AUGGCAGUAGAAGGAGAGGGAGAUGAUGAGAAGCUGGCAGAUGGAGUGGCCGUUCUGCCUGCCCCUCAGAAUCUCUCUGUACACUCGGCCAACAUGAAGCAUCUGUUGACAUGGAGCCCAGUGGUUGUGCCUGGAGAAAUAAUAUACUAUUCUGUCGAAUACCAGGGGGAAUAUGAGAUCCUAUACCUGAGCCACCUCUGGAUUCCCAGCCACUGGUGCUCAUCUACCAAAGGUCCUCAGUGUGACAUCACUGAUGACAUCACCGCCACUGUGCAGUACAACCUCCGAGUCAGAGCUACACUAGGCUCACAGACUUCAGCCUGGAGCACCUUGGAGCACCCGUUUAAUCGAAACUCAACCAUCCUAACCCCACCAAAGAUCAAGGUCACCAAGGAUGGCUUUCACCUGGUUAUUGAGCUGGAAGACCUGGGGCCUCAGUUUGAGUUUUAUGUGGUCUACUGGAGGAACGAGCCUGGUGCCAAGGAACAUGUCCAAGUAGUGAAGAGUGGAGGCAUUCCAGUGCACCUGGAAACCAUGGAGCCAGGGGCCAGGUACUGCAUGAAGGCCCAGACAUUCGUGAAGGCCAUCGAGAGGCACAGUGCCUUCAGCCAGGCAGAGUGUAUUGAGGUACAAGGAGAUGCCCUCUCCCUGACGCUGGCCCUGUUUGCAUUUGUUGGCUUCAUGCUGCUCCUUGUUACUGUGCUGCUCUCCAUCUGGAAAAUGGGCCAGUUGCUCCGGUACUCCUGCUGCCCCGUGGUGGUCCUCCCCGACACCUUGAAAAUAACCAAUUCACCCCAGAAGUUAAUCAGCUGCAGAAGGGAAGAGGUGGUACCCUGUGCUAUGUCUGUACUGUCUUCUGAGGACCUCCUCAGGACCUGGAUCUAA